AGCUGUCUCCGCGCGCCUUACGAGGAAGCCCCGGAUGUAGGUGCCCUCGCCCGCUGGCCUGGUGGGCGUGUCCUCACGGUGGCUCUGAGAAUCACGGCCUUCUUAUUGGCUGUAGGUCUUCCAGCGGGAUUGGUCGCGGAAGAAGGGGAGGGCCUCGGGGCGCUCGGCGCGGGCGCAGCGGCCAAUCGGAAGCCGGGCUGGGUUUUGGCGCGAGACGGGAACGCAAAGGCUGUGCAGAUUUGGCGCGAGCCGAGCUGGGUGCUGCCGGUGUGGAGUCUGACAGUGCUAAGGCCGCGCACCACACACGAGGGAGCCUGCCUUACCCGACGCCGCCCGAGCAGCGGAGAGGAGCGGAAAACCCACGAGGAGACAGGUUGCUGUUUUGUGUAUCCAGCUGCCUUGCCUGCAUCAUGCCUCAAACCCGAUCCCAGGCACAGAUGACCAUCCGUUUUCCAAAAAAGAAGUUAUCUCGGACAUUGGACAAGACUCAGAACUCUAAGAACAGUAAACUGGUGCUGACAGAUGUCCAAGCCACACCCUGUUCGGCAGAAAUUCUGCCGCUCAGCCCCAGAAAGCGCCUGGGCGAGGACAACCUUUGCAACACCCCCCACCUCGCUCCCUGUUCCCCACCAAAGCAAGGCAGGAAGGAGAACGGUCCCCCUCGAUCACGGACCCCGAAAGGACGCAGAUUGGUAUUUGACGAUCAACUCCCAGUGAAGUCGCCCAGCAAAAGUGAACAAGCCAGAGUUCACCAGAACAGGGUCCUCUCCUCAGUCCGGAAAAGUCAAGAGAGUCCAGGCAGUUGUGAGCAGAAGUGUCCACCAGAGAAAGAGCCCACCUGUCUGAGGCUGUUCAAGCAAGAAGGUACUUGCUACCAGCAAGCGAAGCUCAUCCUGAACACAGCUGUCCCGGACCGGCUGCCUGGCAGGGAAGCGGAGAUGGAUGUCAUCAGGAGCUUCCUGAGGGAGCACAUCUGUGGGCGGAAAGCUGGAAGCCUGUACCUUUCUGGCGCUCCCGGAACUGGAAAAACUGCCUGCUUAAGCCGAAUUCUGCAGAACCUCAAGAAAGAAGUAAAAGGCUUUAAAACCAUCAUGCUGAAUUGCAUGUCCUUGAGGAGCGCCCAGGCUGUCUUCCCAGCUAUCGCCCAGGAGAUUUGUCAGGGAGAAGCGUCCCGGCUGACUGGGAAGGACAUGAUGCAGAAACUGGAAAAGCAGAUGACCGCAGAGAAAGGCCCCAUGAUCGUGUUGGUGCUCGACGAGCUGGACCAGCUGGACAGCAAAGGACAGGAUGUGCUGUACACACUGUUCGAGUGGCCAUGGCUCAGCGGUUCCCGAUUGGUGCUGAUUGGUAUUGCCAAUACCCUGGAUCUCACAGACAGAAUUCUGCCUCGGCUUGAGGCAAGACAGCACUGUAAGCCACAGCUGCUGAACUUCCCGCCGUAUACCCGCAGUCAGAUAGCCGCCAUCCUACAGGAUCGGCUUCAUCAGGUGUCCGGAGACCGAGUCCUCGAUCCCGCUGCCCUUCAGUUCUGCGCGCGCAAGGUCUCCGCCGUUUCCGGGGACGUGCGGAAGGCGCUCGACCUUUGCAGGAGAGCAAUUGAAAUUGUAGAGUCGGAUGUCAAAAGCCAGACUAUUCUCAAACCACUGUCUGAAUGUAAAUCACCCUCAGAGGAGUCUUCAGUCCCCAAGCGCGUGGGUCUUGCUCACAUCGCCCGAGUGAUCUCCGAAGUGGACGGGAACAGGAUGACUCUGGGCAGAGAGGGGGCCCAGGACCCCUUCCCUCUGCAGCAGAAGGUCUUGGUCUGCUCUUUGCUGCUUUUGACCAGGCAGCUGAAGGUCAGAGAGGUCGCGCUGGGGAAGUUGUAUGAAGCCUACAGCAGCGUCUGUCGCAAACAGCAGGUGGCAGCCGUGGACCAGUCCGAGUGCUUGUCACUCUCGGGGCUCUUGGAGUCCAGGGGCAUCGUAGGGUUAAAGAAAAACAAGGAGGCCCGCUUCACAAAGGUGUCUUUGAGGAUUGAAGAGAAGGAAAUAGAGCAUGCUCUGAGAGACAAGGCUUUCAUUGGAAAUAUCUUAGCUACUGGAUUGCCUUAAAUUCUUCUCUGUUCCCACCUGAAAAUACUCAGCGGGCCUUUCGAGAGCUAUGGAGCCUUCGUUUUAACACUUUACACUCUUGGGUCUGAAAAUAAAUACAGCCUGUUUUACUUGAAGCCAAUUAAUUUUAAUCACAAAUAUUAGUGCAGAGUAUUAUCUUUGGGCUUUAUUAUUUUUACCCAUAAAAAUGUAGUAGAUCCUUUUUAAAUUAUAUUCACUACCCGCCCCACUUGAGUGUCUCUAGCCAGUAUUUUUGCAAGCAUACAGAUUUCUGUUGUGCAAUGUGUACAUAUUUACCGCUAAAUUCCCUCGGACAUGGUAUAUUUUCUUAAGGACUUUGAGGUCAGGGUAAGAAGAACACAGUGAUGCAGAAAAAUAAGCUCAUCCGUGUGGACAUCAGAAGGACCCUUGGAUCAAGGAAUUUCUUUCUCUUUGGAGUGUGCUGUGUAACUCACCGGUGACCACGCUGUGACAUUCUAAGGACUCAUUGCAUUUUGGGGGUACUCCUAACAUUGCGGGGUGGUAAGGAGAACGUAACUACAUGUUGUGAAUAUAUUUAUUUUCAAAUUG